AUGCCAAAAAAAGGUCCGAAACCAAAAUUAUGUGCACUUGAUCAGUUUUUUAUGACUCUUGUUUAUUUAAAAAAUGGAUUUGCACUUUCUCAUAUUGGAUGGUUGUUUAAGUUGCCAAAAUCAACAAUAUCAAGACAGAUAAUAUCAUGGAUUAACUAUUUGUAUUUUACACUUGGUAGGAUACCUAUUUGGCCUUCCAGAGAACAAAUUGAUUUGACAAUGCCUGAAUGUUUUAAAAUAACAUACCCAAGUACAAGAUGCAUUAUUGAUUGCACUGAGUUGUUUUGUCAAAUACCAUCAUCCUUAAAUAUUCAGAGUUGUUUGUAUUCAAGUUACAAAAGUCAUGUUACAUACAAGGGAUUACUAGGUAUAUCUCCUUCUGGUGCUAUAAUAUUUGUAAGUCAGUUGUAUCCUGGAUCAGUAUCAGAUAAAGAAAUAGUAAUAAGAAGCGGAUUUUUAAAUAAAGAUCUUUGGGAUAAAGAUGAUUCAGUAAUUGCAGAUAGAGGGUUUACAAUUGAAGAGGAAUUAGAAAACAUCAAUGUACGUCUAAACAUUCCUUCAUUUUUAGAAGGUCGAAACCAAUUUACAUUGGCUGAGGUUAAAGAAAGCCAAACUAUUGCAUCUGUACGAAUACAUAUAGAGCGUGCUAUCCAAAAAAUAAAGCGAUAUAAAAUAAUACGUAAUGAAAUAACACUAUCUUUACAUGGUUCAGUCAAUCAGAUUUGGACGGUUAUUUGUCUACUUACAAACUUCCAGUCACCCUUAAUAAAUGAUACAGAAAAAACUACAUGA